UGAACUAAUAGUACCACUGGAUACACUAGUUUGGUUACUGGACUCCAUCACUUUAUGCAGUUAUAUUUUCUGUUGCAUUUUGUUUAUCCUUAUAGUAAAUGCAAUCAUUAUGGGACGUAUAUGUAUUUGUGUAAAAUGUAGCAUUUAAUUAAUUGUACAAAGGCUAAUAAAAUAGACAACUAAUGAAAAAUGUAUUUGUGCUGUCUGCAUCGUUUGACCUUUUCUGAGGUUGCUGUAAUUGUUGAAGGUGGUGGAGCACGAAGGGAAACUCAAUUGCUUCUAUCUCUUCUGCAAUGGCAAAAUCAAUGAAGUUGGUCGCUAUGUUUGCUCAGUGGACCGCGCUGGGAAACCUCCUAAAUCUGUCCCAGCUCCGUCUACGCAGGCGGUGACGUCAGAGGCAGACUCCCGCUGGCGACGCAGGAUUUUUAGGAGUUACUAGAGCGCAGGCAGAGUCAUACCUCAGCGCAUUUUCAAAGAGAAUAAAAACAACGACAAACGCCUGAAAUUUAAAAGAAAAGAAAAAAAAAACCGACUCAGCCCUGCACAGUUGUUUUUAAUUUAUUUAACAUUUUGUUGCGCACCACUUGACAAGGCGUGGACGAUAAAUAAUAAAAACAGCUACUAAACAGAAUCCGGUCUGCUGCCAUGGACAGUGUGAAGAUGGAAUCUGUCCAGAUUAAAGAGGAGUUCCCUGAACUUGAACUUGUCCCCAUUAGAGUGGAGUUCUCUGGGCUGGCUUCCCUCCCCAUUAAACAGGAGCUCUGUGAGAUACAAUGUGACAGCAGUCAGCCAGAGGUCUCUGACAUUAAAGCUGAGCACAAUGAAUUGGAGAUCCCCCAGAUGGAAGAAUCCCUUCCUGUGAAACAAGAAGAGGUUCUGGAAACUGUCCAUAUUAAACAGGAGCCCCCUGAAGUAGAGUUUGAGGACAUGGAACCAGUGAAGGAAGAAUCCGAGGACUUCAAACCAAACAUCCUUGAGCAGGAGCCUGUACGCCUGCGGGAGUGUAGCGUGGUGCUGGAGAGAAUCUGCGUGAGAGAGCAAGGCGCUGGAGAGGAAGGCUCUCCCAACAGCACGCAAGGAGGUGGAAAGGAAGACGGGCGCUCCCAUUCAGAAUGCAGUCUAGCAGGUUCCAGUCCAGCAGCUAAAGCGAGGGCGGGCGGUGGAGAAUAUCCUGACUGUGGGAAAGGUUUCACCCAGUUAGGAAACCUGAAAACACACCAGCGAAUUCAUACAGGAGAGAAACUGUAUAGCUGCUCUGACUGUGGGAAGAGUUUCAGAGAAAGAGGAACCCUGACAAAACAUCAGCGAAUUCACACAGGAGAGAAACCGUAUUGCUGCUCUGACUGUGGGAAGAGUUUCAGAGUUUCAGGAAAACUGAAAACACACCAGCGAAUUCAUACAGGAGAGAAACUGCAUCGCUGCUCUGACUGUGGGAAGAGUUUCAGUGAAAGAGGAACCCUGACAAAACAUCAGCGAAUUCACACAGGAGAGAAACCGUAUUGCUGCUCUGACUGUGGGAAGAGUUUCAUUCAGUCAGAUCAUCUGAAAACACACCAGCGAAUUCACACAGGAGAGAAACCGUAUUGCUGCUCUCACUGUGGGAAGAGUUUCAGUCAGUCAAGAGCCUUGAAUAAACACCUGCGAAUUCACACUAGAGAGAAACCAUAUAUCUGCUCUGACUGUGGGAAGAGUUUCAGCCACACAGAAUCCCUGAAAACACACCAGCGAAUUCAUACAGGAGAGAAACCGUAUUGCUGCUCUGACUGUGGGAAGAGUUUCAGUCAGUCAGGAUACAUGAAAACACACCAGCGAAUUCACACUGGAGAGAAACCAUAUCUCUGCUCUGACUGUGGGAAGAGUUUCAGUCACACAGUAUCCCUGAAAGCACACCAGCGAAUUCAUACAGGAGAGAAACCAUAUUGCUGCUCUGACUGUGGAAAGAGUUUCCGUUUUAAAACCAAUCUUCAUACACACCAACGAAUUCACACAGGAGAGAAACCGUAUCACUGCUCUGACUGUGGGAAGGGUUUCCGUACUAAAAAUGACCUUCGAGUACACCAACGAACUCAUACAGGAGAGAAACCGUAUUUGUGCUCUGACUGUGGCAAGCACUUCCCUUGGCAAAUGUCUGUGCUGAAAACACACCAGCAAAUUCACACAGGAGAGAAACCGUAUCGCUGCUCUGACUGUGGAAAGAGUUUCAGAGAAAGAGGAACCCUGACAAAACAUCAGCGAAUUCACACAGGAGAGAAACUGUAUUGCUGCUCUGACUGUGGGAAGAGUUUCAGAGAAAGAGGAACCCUGACAAAACAUCAGCGAAUUCACACAGGAGAGAAACCGUAUAGCUGCUCUGACUGUGGGAAGAGUUUCAGAGAAAGAGGAACCCUGACAAAACAUGAGCGAAUUCACACAGGAGAGAAACCGUAUUGCUGCUCUGACUGUGGGAAGAGUUUCAUUCAGUCAGAACACCUGAAAAGACACCAGCGAAUUCACACUGGAGAGAAACCGUAUUGCUGCUCUGACUGUGGGAUGAGUUUCAAUCAGUCAGGAGACAUGAGAAAACACCAGCGAAUUCACACUGGAGAGAAACCAUUUUGCUGCUCUGACUGUGGGAUGAGUUUCAGUUACAGAGGAGCCCUGAAAGCACACCAGCAAAUUCAUCUAGGAUAUAGCCUGUAUUGCUGCUCUGACUGUGGGAAGAGUUUCAGAGAAAGAGGAACCCUGACAAAACAUCAGCGAAUUCACACAGGAGAGAAACCGUAUUGCUGCUCUGACUGUGGGAAGAGUUUCAAUCAGUCAGGAGACAUGAAAACACACCAGCGAAUUCAUACAGGAGAGAAACCAUAUUGCUGCUCUGACUGUGGAAAGAGUUUCCGUUUUAAAACCAAUCUUCAUACACACCAACAAAUUCACACAGGAGAGAAACCGUAUCACUGCUCUGACUGUGGGAAGAGUUUCCGUACUAAAAAUGACCUUCGAGUACACCAACGAACUCAUACAGGAGAGAAACCAUAUUGGUGCUCUGACUGUGGCAAGCACUUCCGUCAGGCAGGAACUCUGAAAUCACACCAGAGACAAAGCCCAUGUUCAUUCAGAACGAAACCUUAACCUUUCAUUAUGAGUCCCUGUGUAAUUUACUGUUUUGUGUAUCGCUCUAGAGCUUGAGAUUUAAAUCGGCAAACUUUGAAAGAGGGGUGAUUGUCGGGGUGCUUUUGGCAGGAGCUUCAGUGACCAAGACAGCUCAACUUACUGAUGUUUCACAAGCAACGGUGUCUAAGGUGAUGUCAGCAUGGAACUCUGAGGGAAAGACAUCAUCAGCAAAGGGCAAGAGUGGGUGGAAGCGCAUACUCCAGGAUCGUGAUAUCCAUGCAUUAAUUCAAAGAGCAAGGAAAAACAGGCGAGCAACUGCAGAUCAAUUGACUGCAAAUUUCAACCUGGGAUGCGAGCAGCCAGUUUCAUCAAAAACGGUCUGACGAGAACUCCACAGAGCGGGAUACCAUAGUGGCCCACAACAUUAAGUGACUUUACAUUGGGGUUUCCAUUUUUUUGUCUGUUACCUGUAUGUUCCUGAUUAUCAACUCUCUGAGAAUCUUAUUUCAGUUUUGGCCCCUACACUUUCAAUACCUCCCUGCAUUGCUUGCUGUUCCCUGUUUAAUAAAGCAUUGGUAUUAAACUCUUGUAUUGAGUGCAUCAUUCUGCUUUAACCAAUUCCAGAGACUCAGCCCCAAGUGUUUAGUUUAGGCUCAAACUUCUUCCAUAAAUUGUAAUUGUGAUAUAAACAGAAUACCACUGAGGGGAAACCUUUACUGUCUCAGUCUUUUUUCUGUGUUGACCAAUCAUGUAUAUAAUACAUGAAGGGUUGUGUCCACUGUCUCCCAAUGCAGGAGUUAGGAUAUGUUGCAGUGGAGCUGCACUGACUCAUGCUGGAGGCUCAUUGCACCAUUAUUAACAUAUGGAUGCAGUGUCCAGUGUAAUAAGAGAUUAGAGAAGACUGUUGCUAGACUGUUGUAGUGGAUGAUGAUGAUGAUGAUGAUGAUGAUGUCAGUGCUCUGUGCAGUAAAGGGUUACCUGGAGGUGUUUUGUGCAACCGGUCCCUGGUUUUCAUGAAUUGUGACUGAUGACAUUUAGAAUGAAUUAAAAACACACAAAACAAA